UCCAGAGCUUGAGAGAGGCCGGAAUUGGCGUUCGUAGAGGGUUUUUUUGAGACAGCACUUCGGUUUUUCGCUGGAAGAAGGGGCGCAGGGGGUAGACUAACAGGAGGUUUAGCCGCAGGACCUGGCAUGUUUGGCAUACACUAGGGGACCCGGCAUGGCGGCGAGUUUGCGGAGCGUUGCAGUGGUUGUUAGGAUGCUUGGGCAACUAUGGGGGAAGCCGAUUGUAGGCGUGAAUCACUGUGUGGCCCACAUUGAAAUGGGGAGGCUGGUGACGAAGUCAGCGAAUCCGGUAGUGUUGUACGUGAGUGGAAGCAAUACACAAGUGAUCGCAUAUAUGAAAAAGAGGUACAGAAUAUUUGGGGAGACCAUCAACAUUGCAAUAGGAAACAUGCUUGACCGAUUUGCCAGGAUCAUCGGGUUAUCGAACGAUCCCAGUCCGGGUUACAACAUUGAGUGUGAGGCGAGGAAGGGCAAGAAGCUGGUGGCCCUUCCGUACAACACGAAGGGAAUGGACGUGAGCUUUUCCGGAAUACUGACGAACAUAAGCAGAAUGGUGCAGCAAAAAAACGCCGAUUGGACAGUGCCCGAUUUAUGUUUUAGUUUGCAGGAGACGGUUUUCGCCAUGCUCGUGGAGAUAACAGAGCGAGCGCUGGCGUACUGUGGAUCGAACGAGGUGUUGAUUGUGGGCGGAGUGGGAUGCAACAAGAGGCUCCAAGAGAUGAUGGGGGCAAUGUUGGACCAACGACGUCCCCGUGGAACACUGUGCGCGAUGGAUGAGCGAUAUUGUAUAGACAACGGGGCAAUGAUAGCUUGGACGGGCGCUCUACAGUUUAGGUGCGGAGACAUCACGCCCUUAAGCGCAUCUGACACGACUCAAAGGUUUCGGACGGACGAAGUGCUUGUGGAAUGGAGGGAUUGA